AUGCCACCACCAAGACAGUCGAUAUCCAGUUCAUUGCUGAUAUAUGGAGGAAACCCACAAUUUGAACUUAACUCGCACUGCUUCCAACUAGGUCUCUUACGUUCUUACCGCUACACGAUUUGCUCACAUAAAAUGGCUUGCACAACUAGCUGUAUAGUAUGGCCGGCCGAACGCGACUCUGGUUUCAAGCAAACAAUGGUGCUUUCCCAGGUGUGCUCUCGAGUAAAUGCCGCAUCGCAGGCAAGAGCGCCGGAUGCAGUAGCUGGCCCAGGUCUAUGUCUCAGACGCCGCCCUGCAGAUAGCGGCGAUGGCAAAUAG